AUGGCGACCUCUCUCGCCGCUCAAUUGGCGCAGGUAGCCGCCAAUUCGAAGUCGACUCUCAACGUCAAGGCGCAAAAGGCUGCCCAUUCCAAAUCGCUAAUCUGGGAGCCUCGAGUUGCCGCUACCCAAAGCUAUCAAAACCUUUACACCACCUGUAUCCAAGGAUUCGAGGAACUCUGCCAGCUGGAUGCUCGUUUUGCGCCGUUCCAUUCCACCAUCUUCAGCGAAGAGAGUCAAAACCAGGAUCGCACCCAGCUCACAGCUGCCGAGAAUGAGGAACUGGAUCGUCGUGUUGAGGCUUUCCUGCGCCUUGCAGGUAGUCGACUCAGGCUGAUGCCUGCGAUCAAGUCUAUCGAAUGGCUUAUCCGAAGAUUCAGAAUUCACGAGGAGAACACACAGGCUCUUCUACUGACUUUCUUGCCUUACCAUUCGAUUCCAGCCUUCGCUACGCUACUAUCGAUCCUUCCGAACAAGAUUCCUUAUGACUUUCGCUUCCUCGACCCUUACAUCCGUUCCGUCACAUCUCCUCCCCGAUCCGUGUUGGUUCGACAGGCCGUCAUGCACCCUGCCUUCCUUUCUCUCAUCUCCGAGUACACCCUCCAAUCAUGCCGGAUGCAGUACAACUAUCCUACCCUGAUUUCUUUCUGGGCCGGCAUCAUGACGGAGGCAGUCGGUGGUAUCUUGGACAAGACUAGGUCGGGCAGGGCCAAUGUGCAGAGCGAAAACGACCAAAACUUGCUUCACCGACUGGGACCUAUCUUUGCCGAAUCAUUAGUUAUGAAGAAGGUCCCCAGUAUUCAAAUCGCGUCGUACAUGGCCAUUGCAGUUUUUGUUGCCAAGGGCAAUCUCGAAGACAAUGCCGUGACUGCAUUCAUGGACCAGACUGUUUAUGGCUGGACAACCGAAACUGUGAGGCCAGCCCUUGUCGUGCUUGCCACCCUAGCGCAGUACCGAUCCGCGAAGCAGAUGAGCGGCAAGACCACAAAGGCAUUGAUGAAGGUCACAGACAUUGGAAACCUUCUCGUUGAGAUCGGUCAAGACCGACGAGUUGACAAGUUGGCCAACGGCCUCUGCCUUGCGCUGAUUGAGCGACUUACAAAGAAGGGCGACGCUCGAGGUCUAGCGACAAUCAUCACCAUUCUGAGCAGCUCUGUUCUCAAAGACAAACAAAUUGCCGUCAUUUUCAAGUCACUUAUCUUGACCGCGCAUCGACUGAACGACGACAAUGACGAAGACGGUGCCCUUCGACGAGAGCUUGGGUCAGCCCUUAUUGCCCUGUCUCAGAACGAAGGCAAGUCCGGUGAUACUAUUCAAUCCGUUAUUGAGGAAGUCAAGUUCGAUAUUGAGGAGCUGGAGAUGAAACUCGACCUUUCCUUCCGCUCGCGGCGGUUACCCGAAUCAAAGAGCGAUCAGGAUAUGGGUAAUGGCGUCGAAGAAAAGAAGACGCCUCAAGACUUAAGUUUUUUGCUCAAAGAACUUUCAGGCCGAUCUGAAUCACUCUCUCCCUGCCUUGUUCCCCAACCUAGCGAGAUCUUUGACGAGUUCAGCCACAUCUUUUUCACAGUUGUUUCUGAGAGUUCUCAAAGCACCGAGUUGCUCUCCGAGUUUGAGCUGAACCCGAAGCUUCACCGACAGGCAGCCUUCAAGGAUUGCACCUAUUUCAGUUUCUUCAUCCGCAUUUGGACCGGCCCCUACCCAGCUUUGGCUCGCGUCGCAGCUCUGGAUAUGGUUAAGAGAAGGCUUAAAGCUGGCGAUGCAGGAAAGACGGAUCUUCAAGCUUUGCUUCCUUACUGUAUCUCGGCCCUCAGCGAUCCCUCGAAGCGCGUCCGUAAAGCUGCCGCCGACUUGAUUACUGUUCUCACUGGUCUUUACAUUCCUCCUGUGCCUGCAAAGGGACUGGACCUCUGGGGUGAGCGAAGUCUUUAUGGAAAGUCCGAGGAGUUUGCCUCUUUGACUUCCGACGUUGUCGCCAAAGUUUUGCACCUGCAGAUUCUUCCUACUGUGGAGGAGUGUGUUAUGGACCCCGAACAUAUCACUGCCGUACUUCGCGCCGCCAUCGAACAAGGCAAAUACCAAUUUAAACCUGACCCAUCAUUAGACAAGAAGGACCACUUGUCUCAGCCUGGAAGAUUAUCUUUUCUCCAAUUCCUUGCGUCCCACAUUGUCCACACGCCUUUGAUUUUGGUCAAGAGCAGGUUGCUGAAGGCUGUCAACGAGAUCCGAGGUGUCAGUACCACAACGAGAACACAGCUUCUACUUCCAGUUUUGAAAUGGUGGGCCAGCCUUGGUGAAGAUGAGGCUGCCAAGCUUUGCAGCUCAGAACGCCUGGACAAGUCCGACAUGGACAAUUAUUUCGUCGAUGUAGUGGUCGCCAAUGAUGUUGCUGGUCUUGAGUUCUUUAUGAUAUUCCUUAGGGAGCAGGAGCACACGGAAAGGGCGGGUCUCAUCCGUGCCAUCUUCGCACGUAUGAGGAAGAUUUGGUCUUCGAUGAAGCCUGACGUCAAGUUCACAGCUGCUCAACAGCUGCUGGAGAUUUCGCAAGAAUCCGCCGUCUCUGCUGAUUCCAAAUCAAUCGUUUCUGCUGAGGCUGCUGACUUCUUGAGGAACGUGCGACUCACCACCGAUAUUCUUGACUCUUUCCUCAAGUCUAUCCCAUCUGGAACAGAGAUGAUAACCGAGCCCCCGGCGAACAAACGACGCCGAACUAGCUCUUCUGGAGGUGACCGUAGCCUCGUCACUCAGGUCACACCCGAAAUCAGCCAGGAGCUUCGAAAGCUCACAUUCAUUCUGCAGCUGGUUGAGAACUCCGACCCGGCCGAGCAUCCUGAUCUGUUGGAUGGCUUGUUCGCUGCCCUCUCUGAACUCCAGCAGUUUAGAACAGUUGUUGGAUCUGAGUUGGGCUAUUUACAGAACCUUAUCCUUCGAAGCCUUCUUGCCAUGAUGCCAGUUUACAAGUCGAACAAGAAGCUCAAGAUUGACAGCUCUGGUGGCUACGGGGACUUGCUUGUUAACUGCAUUCAGAAGUCUUCUAGCCCCGUUGUCCAAAACGCUGCCCUUCUCCUGGUCGCUAGUCUGGCCACUGCCGCGCCGAACCUGGUUCUUCAUAGUGUCAUGCCCAUCUUCACGUUUAUGGGUGUUUCCGUACUUCGCCAAAGCGAUGAUUACUCCGCCCACGUUGUGUCCCAGACUAUCAAAGAGGUCAUUCCUCCGUUGAUCCAAUCUAUGCGCCAAGGGCAAAAGAACCCUCUCGCUAGUGCCUGUGACAUCCUCGUCAGCUUCACGACCGCUUUUGAGCACAUGCCUGCCCAUCGCCGACAUGGACUGUUUGUUGCCCUGGUCGAGACUCUUGGCCCCGAGGAUUUCUUUCACGCUAUCAUCGGCAUGUUGGUCGACAAAUAUGGUUCCAGCGACGCUCUAUUGCAAUUUGUCAUUGAGCUACUCAACCACUUUAGCAUUGCAACACAACUGCAGACACUCGUCAAGCUGCUCGAUCUUAUCGCCGACUUGUUCAAGCCUAAGCCCGGUAUCUCGUUCGUUCUCCUUGGCAUUAGUGAGAGCGGAGAUCACAAAGACAAAGAUCUCCAAGAGAUUGCCCUCAAGCAACUAUCUGCCUUCCCCGUCUUUUUGGCCAACAAGAAGCUUAGAUUACAGAUUGGAGGCUUGAUGGAGAACGAUGACAUGGAGGCAUCAAGACUGAGGGAGCUCUACGCUACCCUUCUUGAGAAUAUCCUUGUUCUGGCUGAUACGGUCAAGGCGGACAAAACACUCCAUGGCCGUUGCGGUCAGGCUCUCCAUAACCACCUCAACUUGCUCUCGAUUGGAGAGUUCAUCAAGGCCGUGGAGAACCUUCUCGACAGACCGGAUAUGGGUCUACGACAAAAGGUUCUCCGCGCUCUCGAGGUCCGAGUGGAACAGGAAAGCAAUACGGAUCCCGCAUCCAGAGCCGUCCUGCUGGCAUUCCUUCCUCAGCUUACUGCCGGUAUCCGGGAGUCGACGGACGUGCGAUACAAGCACACUGCAGUCACAUGUGUCGACAAGAUUUCCGAGAAGUAUGGCAAGAAAGAUAUUGAGGCAGUCGUGGCUGCCGCUACAACAAUCGCCGGCGAGCAUUGCUUGGGUCAGUCUGACCAGCGACUUCGAGUCAUGGCUCUGCUGUGCCUUACCUCGCUCGUGGAUGUACUCCAAGAUGCAAUUGUGCCAGUGCUGCCCAGCGCAAUUCCUCAGGCUAUCAGGUACCUUGAUGAAAGUCUGAAGGGGGAUGCUCAGGACGAAGAGCUCCACGUUGCUAGCUACGGAUUUAUCAGUGCUCUGGCUCAGCAUCUUCCUUACAUGCUUUCAACAUAUCUCGAUCGCAUCUUGGAGGUAUCAAACAAAUCUGCUGAAAUUGACCUGGAAGACAAUUCAAUUGAAAGCCGUGUCGAUUGCCUUCACUUUUUGGCUAAGCAACUUGAGGCAAAGGAGAUCUUCUCGGCCCUCGACCGAAACUGGGAGAGUGCCAAGAGCGCCGGAUUCUCUGCUGUUGCGGAAUUCCUCGAUGUACUGGGCUUGGCUAUCGACAAGCACCCCAAGUCCAGUAUUUCCAAGAAUGCUAUGUUACUGUUGAGCAUUAUCACGAAGGUAUUCGAUCUUCGACGACAGGAGCGUGUUAAGGGCGAGUUUGGCGAGCAGGAUCUUCUGAGACUCAGUGCCCUUGACGCCAGUGCCAACGACAAGGCAUUGAAGAUGAUUUACAAGCUCAACGACGCAGCUUUCAGACCUGUGUUUGUACAGAUCAUUGAGUGGUCGAGCUCUGGUCUGCCCAAGAGUGACCGAUUGGGACGCUCGUUACGACAAUUCAGCGUCUAUGGAUUCCUCGAGGCGUUUUUUGGCACGCUCAAGUCGAUUGUCACCAAUUACGCCACAUACAUUGUGGAGGAUGCUGUCAAGAUUUUGACGUGGGUGGAUUUGAAGAACGCCGAAGAGCGACAACUCCGGACAAGGGUACUACAGACUUUGGGCAACUGUUUUGAGCACGACCAGGAUGACUUCUGGCAGGCUCCGGCCCACUUCGGCGCCGUUGGGCCGGUACUGAUGGAUCAGUUCGCACAUGCCGGCACGGUGGAGGUGAUGGAUGAUCUCAUCCCAACCACUGUGGAGCUCGCCUCGGCAGCAGACUCACAAGCUCAUCAGAAGGAGCUUAACUCUGCGCUCCUGAAGCACCUACGAUCCGAGUCUGCAGCGGUUAGACUUGCCGCUGUCAAGUGUGAGCAGGCAUUGACGGACCGUCUGGGUGAGGAGUGGCUAUCCAUGUUACACGAGAUGCUGCCUCGCAUCAGUGAAUUACAAGAGGACGAUGAUGAGGUGGUUGAGCGUGAGACGCACCGAUGGAUCGUCAAGAUUGAGGGAGUGCUGGGAGAGAGUCUGGAUGCCAUGUUACAAUAG